GACGUCUUAGACCACAGCACCUCUCUCUUGUUAUUGUACUUUGUAUUUUUUGUGGCAUAGACUACCAUAAUUAUUAGUGGAUUUUAAUAGAAAUUACUGAGGGUAUAUUAAGGUCUUAAUAUUCCCGUAAAAAAAAAAAUUCUUAAUAUAAAGAAAAAUUCAAAAGGUGAAUAUCAGUGACAUUAGUUAGUCCAUUCAUUUCCCGCCAUCAUAAUUUAGGGUUUGCAAUUUAACGCAACCAAAAUUUUCCCCAGACUCCAUUUUAUCAAUCAUUUUAGGCAAAAUUCAGGCGACGAACUCCAAAUUUAAGCAUUUCAGCCAAUCAUUCAGCUGAUUUUCCAGAAAUGGCGGGCCAAUCAGAUCCCCAGUCUUCAGUAUUUACAGCAGCCGAGAUGGAAUUCUUGGCUGAAGAUGAAAUGAUUGAAAUUGUACCUAAUAUGAGAAUGGAGCCUCUCAAUUUGAUAUCGGGUGAUUAUGGUCCAUUCCGCCCCCAAAUAGCAACACAAGUACCUUUGUGGCUUGCUGUGGCAUUGAAGAAAAGAGGGAAGUGCACGGUUCGACCACCCGAGUGGAUGUCCAUUGAGAGGUUAACACAAGUUUUGGAGUCUGAACGAGAUUCCCCUAAGGAGUUUCAGCCACUACCUUUCCAUUAUAUCGAAAUUUCUCGGCUUCUCUUUGACCAUGCCAGGGAUGAUAUUCCAGACAUAUAUAUGGUGAGGUCUCUCAUUGAAGACAUUAGGGAUGUGAGAUUCCAUAAAGUCGAGUCUGGCUUGGAGACCAUCUCUGCUCGGACGCAUGCGGUGAAGCUGAAAAAUCUUUCUGCAAUGGAGGUGAAUAUAGUGCGCCCAUUUGUUGUGAGAACACUCCAGUCAUUUUACAAGCAUGACAGUCCAGAGAUGAUUCAACAACCUGUUCAAAUGCCUACUAGACAACCACAGGCUACUGACCGUGGGCCCAGAAGGGAUUUGCGUCGUCGGUAGGAAAGUCAAUUCCCAAGAACAGAUUAGUUGUUCCUCCUCGUUGGUUGCUACCUUUGUGGUUCCUGCUCAACAAGCACAUGGCUUUCUACAGUAUAAUUUAGGCUAACUGAUGUAUCUUGCACAUAAUCUAUGUAAGUCAUUGAACAAAUCUCCUUUCUUUAAUUCUAUUUUAGCGUUGUUUGUAUUUUGGUCAUGGGUUGUCGUGGAUGAUUGAUCAUUAACAUGAACAAAUUUUUUUUUUUUUUUUUUUUUUUUCGGAUAUUUUUUUUAAUAACUUGCAAAUCAUAGAGAGAAUCUCCGUGUCUAGUGCCCAGAUAGUUGGGUUCUCGAUCACAUUUGUUGAACUAACUACAAUUUUUUUUUAUCCCUUAAAUAAAGUACUUAUCUAAUGUUAUAGCA